GUGGGAAGCCAGGAGCGCCGCGGGGCGUGCGGACAGGGGGCGGCCCUGCGAGCCGCCGCCCCGCUUCUGGGCUCCGCUCUCCGACUGCGAACCAAGCCCUGCUGCCCACGGCCGGCCCAGCGACCAUGGCCCAUUACAAGGUGGAGCAGGAUGACUGGCUGAUCGCCUACCUGAAGUAUUUACUCUUUGUCUUCAACUUCUUCUUCUGGGUGGGCGGGGCCGCCGUCCUGGCCGUGGGCGUCUGGACCCUGGUGGAGAAGAGCGGCUACCUCAGUGUCCUGGCCUCCAGCACCUUCGCCGCCUCCGCCUACAUCCUCAUCUUCGCAGGCGCCCUCGUCAUGCUGACUGGCUUCCUGGGCUUCAGUGCCAUCAUCCGGGAGGACAGGAGCUGCCUCUCCACGUAUUUCUGCCUGUUGCUGGUGAUCUUCCUCGUUGAGCUGGUGGCAGGGGUCCUAGCCCACGUGUACUACCAGAGGCUGAGCGAUGAACUGAAGCAGCACUUGACCCAGACUUUGUCUGAGAACUAUGGGCAGCCCGGAGCCUCGGAGAUCACCACCUCAGUGGACCGGCUACAGCAGGAUUUCAAGUGCUGUGGAAGCAACAGCUCCGCAGACUGGCAGCACAGCGCCUACAUCCUGUCUCGGGAGGCCGAGGGCCGCCGAGUACCCGACAGCUGCUGCAAAACAGUGGUGGCACGCUGUGGCCUAAGGGCCCACCCCUCCAACAUCUACAAAGUGGAGGGAGGCUGCAUCACCAAGCUGGAGCAGUUCCUGGCCAACCACCUGCUGCUCAUGGGGGCAGUGGGCAUCGGGGUGGCCUGCCUGCAGACCUGCGGAAUGGUUCUCACCUGCUGCUUGCACCGGAGGCUCCAGCUGCAUUUCCACUAAUGACCAACUGUGUCCCCCUCCAGCUUUCCCUCACAAGGACAGGUGCCCAAAUCCCAUCUGCCAGAACUGCGGAGUCAGCAUCAGCUCACCUGGAAACUCCCAGAAAUUCCCUAUCCCCUGUGCUCAGUCCCUUCGGACCCAAGUGCCCAAGACCAUGGCUCCUGAGGUUCCACCUGGCCUGGGACCCUCAGCCCCUCCUUCCACUUCUGAGUGCUCACUGCCCGAAUCCCUGGGCGGGGGACUGACUCUCCUAGGGGACAACAGCCAAAGCCCCUCACCAGACAUCAGGGUCCCCUGGACCACAGGAGAGUGAGAGCUGGGCUCUCUGCUCCCUCCCAACUCCCAAACCAAGAGCGAAGGGCUACAAACCUUGGCCCCUCUUGGACACCUGCAUUCAGCGUGACCCCCACUGGUGCUGAGCAGCCCUCCUCUUGGCUCUGCAUCGGGCUUUGGGCGGUUUGCGCUCCCCUCCAGGAACUGCACUCAUGUGGGGCAGUUAGGGUUGUCUCUGCCCCCAGAAGACCCGGCCCUUCGAUCUGCUCACAGCACCCAAUGCCUUCUCACCAGGAAAGGAGUGUGCUGACCUUCUGGGUCCUUCCUACAGGGCAUGGGCUUGGAGAGAACUGAGCUGAGGCAGCCGGGAGCUGAGGCUGAGCAGUGUUAGGCCUGGAGCUGCUGGGGCAGGGCGCAAGGUGGGGGGCAGUGACUACCCCAGCACAUGCUGCAUCAGGAACCUGCGCCCACCUCGAGACCUUCCCCGGGAGAGGCGCCCUUGGGAGACACGGCCCCAAGGCCCAGCCUCAAGCAAUCUGCCCCUCAGGGUUCUCCUGUUCAUGGCCUGGUUCUCAGGAACAUCAGAGCUUUAAAACCAUCUUCAGCUCUUAAUGCGGGUGGGUGUAAAACUUCCUGAUUAGACCAAAUCGCAGACCCUGCAAAGUGGGAGCCACUGUGAAGGUGAAGCUCCAAGCAGAGGGGCACGCUGCCCCAAAACUCACUCAUCCUGGGCCCAUACUCCCUGACCACGAGGCCACCAGCAUGCAGCCUCCAGGGACCUCACUCUGCUUCCAAGAAUAAAUAAGCACCUUCCCUCCAUUCCCUCCCGAAUCACUGAAUUAGAUGGGGGAUUUUCAGGAAGGACUUUCCCAAAUACUAAGGGAGAACAGAAAGCAAAUCCUAGGAAAUACUGAGUGUAGAUGCUGGCAAUAUUCCAAAGAACAGGUGGCAAUUCCUAAGACAGCCCUGGGGACCCUCCCUCUCAAAUGACUGUGACAAGUGGGAAGCUCUAACGGAAGAACCCCACACUGCCUUCCACACCUCCUGGGUCCUGUGCUUCCCAUCCUGGGGACCCUCUUACAUCCCACCCAUGAGAGAUGGCCCCUUUUAUGCAAGAAAGGUCGCCCCUUGCCUCCUCACUCGUUUCAGUCCCCAGUCUGAUGAGUUCAGCUCUGGCUGACCUGGGUCAGUCCUGGGUGAAGGGUAUUCUCUCUCCCAUACACAGGUCGCUGCGGCCCCCAACACAGCCCUCAGCUGUGCAGAAACUGCACACCUUCAGAACAGGCAUUGCCCCGUGCUCAAUGGGAAGCCUCCCAGGGCAGAUUGCCUCCCUGCCUUGGGGAUUCUUCAGGAACUGUGGCAGAGAACUGAGAGGCUAGCCCUGGCUGGCUUAGCUCCUCUACCUAGAGGGCCUUGGGGUGGCCAGUGCGAAUUCAUUAAAUGGGGCACCCGCUUUCUCAGUAAUCCCAGACUACAAGGACAAAAGAAACAGUGGUGUGAUCAUCUUUGCUGCCUUCCAACUUCCCAGGAUUUGUGCAGAUAAAUCAAAAAUGACUGUGACUCUCAAGCUCUCUGCAGGGCUAGAUGUCAACCUGACAAGUCUCACAGAGUGA